UUGUUUUACCAAAGUUGGUACUCCCCCUGUGGGUGGAGGAGACAAGAGACGGGUGACGUCAUACAGGAGCAGGGAUAAAGUGCUGUUUCUGCAGCUGUGGGAUGAGAAAAAACUUCUUAGGCGUAUAAAGGAUCUGCUGCCCUGUCCAGCAAAGACACUGCUGACAGGACCUUUAUUCCUACAGCUCAGCCUUCAGCUCCCUUUACCAAGCUAGGGAAAAAAGAAAAAUAAUCUAGUAAUAGUAGCGGUCAGAAAAUUGUUGUACAAUGCCACAGAACGUCAUUCUCCCAGGACCUGCUCCUUGGGGAUUCAGACUGACAGGAGGGAUAGAUUUUAACCAGCCUUUGAUCAUAACCAGGAUUACUCCAGGAAGCAAGGCUUCAGCAGCCAAUUUAAGUCCUGGUGAUGUCAUUCUAGCUAUUGAUGGCUAUGGUACAGAGAACAUGACUCAUAACGAUGCACAGGAGAGAAUUAAAGCAGCAUCACAUCAACUUUGUCUCAAAAUUGAGAGGGCAGAAAGUAGAUUAUGGUCUCCACAAGUUUCAGAAGAUGGCAAAGCACAUCCCUUUAAAAUAAAUUUGGAAGCUGAUCCACAGGAUACGAACUACUUUGAACACAAGCAUAAUAUUCGUCCCAAACCUUUCAUAGUCUCAGGCCGAAGCAGUGGAGGCAGUACUCCUUCCGGUAUUGAUGGUGGCAGUGGACGUAGUACCCCCUCUUCUGUUAGUACUCUCAGUACUAUUUGCCCUACUGAUUUGAAAGCUGCAUCUAAGAUGGCCCCUAACAUUCCCUUGGAAAUGGAACUUCCUGGUGUCAAGAUUGUACAUGCUCAGUUUAAUACACCUCUGCAGAUGUACUCAGAUGACAAUAUAAUGGAAACACUGCAGGGCCAAGUUUCUACAGCUCUUGGGGAAAAUCCCUCAAUGAGUGAACCAGUACCAACCUCUGUACCUCAAUCUGAUGUGUACAGGAUGCUGCAUGACAAUCCGGAAGGGCCCAGUCAACCACGUCAAUCUGGCUCAUUUAAGGUGCUCCAGGAUUUAGUCUCCGAGGAUUCUGAUGGACGUCCCGUUGGUACAAGGAGUGUGAGGGCACCGGUAACAAAUAUGCCUUCAGGUGCAGGAAGUGUACAAAAAGUGCCAUUGUGUGACAAAUGUGGGAAUGGCAUUGUUGGUACAGUGGUGAAGGCACGUGACAAGUACCGGCACCCAGAAUGCUUUGUGUGCUCUGACUGCAAUAUCAACCUCAAACAAAAGGGCUACUUCUUUGUGGAGGGACAAUUAUACUGUGAAACUCAUGCGCGAGCCCGCAUGAGGCCACCAGACGGAUAUGAAGCAGUUACCAUUUAUCCAAAGUGCUAGUCCUAUGCUAACAGACACACAUGCAUGCACACAAAAAGACAUUAACAACUUAGAGCAGCAAUACAACUGACUGAACUUACUGCCUUAAUCCAAAGUAGCAGUUUUUAAACAUUUUCUUUUGGGGUGGGAGUGAUGCAGAAGCCUCAUUAGCCAGCAAUAGCAUAUAUACCACUAACAUUUUGCAAAGUAAUUAUCUUUGAAUAUGCCAGUGUAAUUUAAUGGAGUAUAAGGCAGUAAAGUUUUGUAUGACAUAUUGUACUGGAUAAAAAUAACUAAACAGUUGAGUGCUUGUAUAGCAAAUACAGUACAUAGAAUUGUGAAAUCAAUAUAUUUUUGUUUAGAAUUUGUUUCAACAUAAACUAAAUUUUUGCACAAAUAUAGUAACGAUUAGUCUGAUUCUGAGAUGGCUUGAGCACCAGCAACUUCUAUAACUCAAUCCCUCAAAGGUCAGUCCACUAAAAAAUCAGGAACUUUACACCUAUACUACCAAACUGCAGUUAUCCACGUCUGCGUCAGCCAUAAAAUCAUUCAACUAUCAUUACCCUAUGCCACAAAAACAAGCUUUGCUUUCCUUACUUUGAUAUUUGAGAGUCUAUUUAUUUACACCUCCUCGUGCAACAAAUGUAAUAAAACACUGAUAUUAAUUUUAUAUAAAUAGAACAGCAAGCACAGUGAAGUUUGCUUAUAGUGGAGUAGAAUGAAUGUCCCAUAUUAUUUCAGUGAACGGCUGAGUGCAAACUACAAUGAGAGUGUGUCUUGCUUCACUUACCAUGAAAUUCUGAUGGAGACAUGAAAAGGCAAACACACACACAAAUAGCAGAAAUGAGCCGGUAUGGUCAUAAUGAAAUUAGAUUUGGUAAAUUUAAACUUUGGCAGCAUUUAUAAUUACUGAGAAUUAAAAUAUGCUAAGGAAAGAUCCUACACUAAGUACUUGGUGAAUGCCAAAGAAAAUGCUCACAGCUGAGCAUUUUCUGAAAUUCACUAAGGACCAAAUUUUCAAACAGGCAUAUGUCUAAAUAUGUAUGCACUUUUGCUCAUGCCAGAUUUAGUCACGCCUAUCUUCCAAUGUGCAUGGCAAGUCUGUAUCUUGUGUGAAUUUAUAGGUAUGUGUAGGUACACAACUCUGCACAUGUGCAUCUGAAGAACUAUAUACCUCCAACAGGUAUGUGUACAAGUCCAUGCACACUUAGGUGCACACCUAUAUGAAAAAUUGAGCCUUAGUAUUUACAGUAAGUAUCAAAACCAUAGUAAAUUGCUUAUGACUGUAUUUAAAUACAACUUAUGCUAUAAAAAAUUAAAAACUUUCAUAUCAAGCAUACAAACAUAGCAGAGACAUGAAAAACUGAGUACAGAAAACCCCUAAAUAUUUUUCCCAUUCUACCAUAAGAUCUUAAAACAUGCAGAACACUGAAUCAAAAUCAUAUAGCGUGCAUGUUUUAAACACAUACUAAAACCCCAAUAAAGUUGCAUCUUGAAAUCUGAAACCUAAUGCCUGUGUAUUUCAACAAUUCUCAAGGUUCCUUAAUGUACUACACCUCUACCCCAAUACAACACUGUCCUCGGGAGCCAAAAAAUCUUACCGCGUUAUAGGUGAAACCGCGUUAUAUCGAACUUGCUUUGACCCACUGGAGCGUGCAGCCCUGCCCUCCCGGAGUGCUGCUUUACCACGUUAUAUCCGAAUUUGUGUUAUAUUGGGUCGCGUUAUAUCGGGGUAGAGGUGUAUUUCAAAAUUUAAAUAUGUUUAUAAAAUUUGUCCAUGUCACCACAUAUUAAAUAUAACAAGAGUCUGUAUAUACAAACAAUGCACAAUAUGCCUUUUUAAAUAAAGAUGCAUCCU